CCACGUGGCCAGGCCGCACCCUUUCAGUGCCGGUACCUGAGCUGGGAUGGCGGAUGUCUGGGGACCGGAGCGCAGGCUGGGCUGCAUCGGGGCCGGGAGGAUGGCCAGGGGGGUGCUGGAGGGGGCCAUGCUCACAGGUAAAAUUCAAGCAAAAGAUGUCACAGUGAGUGCCCCAAGUGACACGAAUGUUAAAAUAUUCUGUGAUCAUGGCUGCCAUACAACGCAUUCCAAUGCUGACGUCCUAACUGCCUGUAAAGUGGUGAUUUUGGCUGUAAAACCACACAUCAUUUCCACUGUCCUCCAAGAGAUCUCAUCGCUGGUUACCUGUGACCACGUCUUUAUAUCACUGGCUGCUGGUGUUACCCUACAAACCCUGGAAAAUUGUCUUCCCGCUGGCUCGAAGGUUCUCCGCAUGUCUCCUAACUUACCUUGUGUGGUUCAGGAGGGAGCUGUGGUGGUGUGCCGUGGCCGUCGUGCCGGCGAGCAGGAAGUGGCUAUGGUAAAGAGCCUUUUUUCUGGGUGUGGUCUGUGUGAGGAGGUCCCGGAGUCGUACAUUGAUAUCCACACCGGGCUGAGCGGCAGUGGAGUGGCUUAUGUUUACAUGUUUGCGGAGGCGCUUGCAGAUGGUGCCGUUAAGAUGGGAAUGCCCAGUGAAUUAUCCAAUCGGAUUGCAGCUCAGACCUUGCUGGGUGCAGCAAAGAUGCUAUUAAAGACCGGAGACCACCCAGCUAAACUGCGAUCUGAUGUGUGCACUCCGGGGGGCACCACCAUCUGUGCAUUGCAUGAGUUGGAGAAAGGGGGCCUAAGGGCCACAGUAAUGAAUGCUGUGGAAACUGCCACGGAGAAAGCUAGAAGCAUUGGAAAAAAGCAGGCACAGUAACUACACAACAAUCAGGAACCCUGAAUCGCACGGCAUGUAGCUGCAGGACCGGCUGUCAUUAUUUGGGACCACAGCCCUAUUUAACCCCUGGCAAAGCACAGUGCAUUAACUGCUAUGCCACAUAUCCCUUCCAGUUGUAAGUUUAUUUCUUGGGGAUUUCUUGUAGGAGUGCUGAGUGAACCCUGAAUGGGCAUUAUGCUGGCUUGUCAGAUCAUUGUUUACAGCGUCUGUAGGUGGGUGUAAGUCCACAUUAAUACAAUAACUGCAAAGUAAAUAAAUACAUUUUAAAAUGUA